AUGUCUACUCCUGAAGAAAAAGAAGAGACACCAGAUCAAAUUGAACAAGAUCAACAACAAAAUGAACAACAACAUGAACAACAAGAUCACGAAAUGAAUGAUGCUGAAGAUGGUACUCAAGGUACAUCUACACCUACACCACACCCAGUCGAAGAACCUAUAGUGGAUUAUGCUGAAGAAUCAAGAAAAAUUGAAGAAAAAGCGAAAACUUAUUUAGCACGUCAAACAAAACCAAUAAUUAUACCAUCAUUUGCUUCAUGGUUUGAAUUUGAUUCAAUUCAUGAAAUUGAAAAAAAAUCAUUACCAGAAUUCUUCAAUAAUAAUUCAAGAUUUAAAACAUCAAAAUCUUAUCAAGAUAUUAGAAAUUUUAUGAUUCAUACUUAUAGAUUAAAUCCAAAUGAAUAUUUAACCGUGACGGCAACAAGAAGAAAUAUUGCAGCAGAUGUUGCUUCAAUCAUUAGAUUACAUGCUUUUUUAGAAACAUGGGGUUUAAUUAAUUAUCAAAUUGAUCCAAAGACAAAACCUUCAUUAAUUGGUCCUCAAUAUACUGGACAUUUCCAAAUAAUAUUAGAUACUCCAGAUGGAUUAAAACCUUUCAUUCCUGAAAAUGCCAAAAUUGUUAAUAUUGAUCAAGAAGAAGCUAUAAAAGUCAAUGGUGGUACAACUAGUACUAAUCAUGAUGAACCAAAAGAUAUUAAUGUUCCAAUUAAUUUAGAAUUAAGACGUAAUGUUUAUGAUUCUUCAAAUGAUGCAAUUGCAUUGAAUGAACAAGAAAAAUUGAACUUAAAUACAAAACAAUUCACAUGUUAUGUUACCGGGAAUGAUACAACUGAUGUUAAAUAUCAUAAUUUAAGAACUAAGAAUUCUAUUUCAGCAAGAGCUUUUAAAGAAGGUCAUUUUGGUUCAAAUUUCCAUAGUUCAGAUUUCAUUAGAUUAGAAAAUUUACAAAAUCAUGGUGAUGCAUCACCAUGGACAGAUCAAGAAGUUUUAUUAUUAUUAGAAGGUGUUGAAAUUUUUGAUAAUGAUUGGGAAAAAAUUUCAAAUCAUGUUGGUUCAAGAAAUAAAGAACAAUGUAUUGGGAAAUUUAUUCAAUUACCAAUUGAAGAUAGAUUCCUAAGUUCUAAAGAUAAAGUCUUAAAGAGUCAACCUAAAGAUAAUACAAAUGAUUCAGUAUUGAAAACUAUUAAAUUUUUGAUUAAAAAUCUUGAUCCUGAACUAGCUUCAAAAGAUUUAUUAGAAAAAGAUGAAGAUGUUCAAAAAUCUAUAAAAUUGACCCUUGGUUCAUUAAUUGGUUCAUCAGAAUUUGAAAAAACUGAAAUUAAAAAAGAAUCUUCAGGAUUAAUUGAAAAUCUUGUUGAUUUAGAAAUUAAUAAAUUAGAAUUAAAAUUAAAUAAAUUAUCAAUCUUGGAAAAACAAUUAAAUCAAGAAAAAGCAGAAUUAGCUCAACAAAGGAAAGAUAUUUUAUUAGAUAGAUUAUCAUUGAAAAAACAAUCAGUCUCAGUACGUAAUAAAUUACAACAAGCUACAAAACCAAAUAUUACACCAGAAGAAGGUGUUAAAUUAUCUCAAGAAGCUUUAGAAUUAGCUAUAAAAUCACCAAGAACUAUAAUAAUAAAUCAACAAUCUUCAACAACUAAUGGAAAUGAAAUUAAUAAUGAAUUAAAUUCAAAUGAAAAACAAUCAAUUGAAGAAGAUGAUUCAAAAUUAAAUCCAAUUUCAGUGGAAAUUCCUGAAAAAUAUCAAUUUUGGAAGUUAUAG